AUGCCUGGCCCUGUGACGGUGGUAGUGGUGGCCGGCGUGCUCGUGCUCGCCACGCUGCUGACUCAGCUUGGCUUCGGUGAACGGCGGUCGGGGCUGGCAGGGCAACGGGCUGCUCUGCGGCCCGAUGCACGCCCAACUACCUUUCCGCCGCCCUCGCCUGGGUCGCACCCAUUGCCUGGUGGCGGACGUCGUGACAUCGAAGUCUUUCGCUCGUUUGCGCUCCUGCCGGGCACCGCGCCGCUCCCGAUCAGCCACGUCGCGCAAGCGCAGUACGACGCGGCGGCGGCGGUGGUGGUGGACGGCACGGCGGAGCCUGUGGUGGUGGCGAGUCCGUGGCCACCGUUUUCUUCUGAUUGGGCCGAGACGGCGAUGCCACUGGACGGAUACCGCGGCGAUUGCCUGCAAAUGCGCCGGACGGUGCGCAAUCCGCUGUGCCUGCGAUCGGCGGCCGGCUGUGCGGCGAGUGACCGGCUGCUGGCCAGGGCCGGCGAGAUCGAGAUCUACUGGCACGAGCGGGCUGCAGCCGCAAUCGGGAAUGGGGUCGAGGUCUCGCCGUUGGUCCUAGCUCGGUGCAACGCACUCGAGCUGGCCUCGAGCUUUGUCGCCGAGGAUGUGGAAGAGGCGUGCCUCGAUGCAGAGCCUCUGCCAAGAGAGACGUCGCCGGCCAAGGCGGUGUGCGAGGCGGAACGGCGGCGGCUACGUGAGAUCAUGAUGCCCGACGUGCUGUCGCACUGGCCUCGGAUUUCGCCGCACGAUGUGUGGCGCGUGCUCGGCAAGGAGCGGAUGCUGGUGCUGGGCGGCGACUCGAUCGCCAGCCAGCUCGACUCGCACCUCCGCUGUGCCAUGAUGGAGGAGGGUGCUGGGUCGAUUAAGAUCUCGCGGCCUGGGCAGGACGGCGGCGAGCAACUCGAUCUCUUUGCCACCGUUGGGCCCAACGGCGCUGUCGUGGCCAAGACCAUCCACUACCGGUACUCCCCGGCGCUGGUCGACGCGCUGCUCGAGAUAGCAGACGUCAUUGUCCUCAACGUUGGUCUCCACAUCCGGAUCAAUGGGCCAGAGGACGAGAUGAUGUAUGCGAACGAACUACGGGCGCUGUUCGGCCAUGUCCGCGAGUGGGCCAAGGAGGCCGGACACGUGUUUGUGGCGCAGCAGACUCCCAUUGUCAACGGGACGCGCAAGCAGAUCCGCAACGAGAUCCUCAACGCGGUCGCGCGCGAGCUCGACCCCGACUCGGCAUGGCUCCACAUCCUUCCGCUCUACGAGCUGACCAAAGAGUCGCACCAUGCGCAUCUCGGCAUGAUCGAGCAUCGCGAUCCGGCGGUUGGCACCAGCUGCGACUGCACCCACUGGUGCUACGCGCCUGCUCUGACCGAGGCCUGGCUCGGCGCACUGUACCCGAUUCUCUCUGCCGAGUUUAGCUGAGAUGGCCAGAAGUCUUACACACUCGCA